CAAUGAGAAACGGCCCAAGGAACCGGAGGCUGUCAGUCCCGGAUGCUGUGAAUUCCGGUUUUCAGCGUGAACAGUUACGUUUCCACAGUUCGACUUCGGAAGUCUCUCCAUCACACCAGCGGCUACUUGGGGACACUCUUUCCGAGCGGUCUCUUUCCUUCCACCGGGUUGUCCCACUUGUUCGCAGGGGUCCCGUCUCCUUUCGGAGGGAGCCCGCUUCGCUGGCGGGACAAGGUCCUAGGAGACGCCCCUUCCCUGGCACUGGGCUGCCGCGCCGGGUGUGUCCCGCCGCGUCCCCUUCCGUCCGCAGCGGCGCCCGAGCCGCAGCCGGGCGGUGGCACGACUGGAAUGAGCGGAAGGACGCGGAGUGGGGGGCGCACGCGGGGCGGGGCAGGGACGCGGCCACUAGGGCGACGCAAACAGUCCGACGGCCGGGGCGUCGGCUCCCAGCCCGCCCUCGUCCCCAGCCCCGACACGCGUGCAGUUUCCGACCGCGCCGCGCGGGGCUGGGGUGGCAGCCCCCCCGACCCGGGGGGUUCCACGGAUCGAGAAACGGAGACAAAAGUCUCGCCUAGAGCCCCGCGAGCGCCGGCCCGCCCCGCCGUCCCUCCCCCGUUUCGCGUCCAGUCACCGCCCGCGGCUCUGGGCGGGGCGGGCGGCUGGGGGCGCGGAGGCGGGCCCGGCGCUCGGGUUUCGGCCCCCACCGCGGCGGCCGGGGUCCCCGCGGCCCUAGCAGCGCAGGCUCUGAGGAGACGGCAGGGGCGCGGCGGGCCAGGCCAGCCCCUUCCCGCGGCCCGCGGCGCGGCCUCUGCCCCGGAGGCGGGAGGAAGGCGGCGCGGCCGCGGCCUCGACGUCGGCGACCGCGCAGCCCGCAAUGGGAAGCGCCUUAUAAAGCCGCGGCGCGGCCGCCCCACCGACUCGGCGCCACGCUCUCCCGGGAGUGCCGCGCGGGCCCCGCACAGACCGCGCACAGACCCCGGCUCCGGACGGACUCCAGCCUCAGAGAGCCCGGCCCGGCCGGGGCGCCCGCCGCCGGCCGAUAGGCGGGGGCCAGGGCGCCCCCGGCGGCGGGGGCAUGCGCGGCCCACGGCAUGGCCUCGGCCGUGUUUGAGGGCACUUCGCUCGUGAACAUGUUCGUGCGCGGCUGCUGGGUGAACGGCAUCCGCAGGCUCAUCGUCAGCCGGCGCGGCGACGAGGAGGAGUUCUUCGAGAUCCGCACCGAGUGGUCGGACCGCAGCGUGCUCUACCUGCACCGCAGCCUCGCCGACCUGGGCCGCCUGUGGCAGCGCCUCCGCGACGCCUUCCCCGAGGACCGGCCCGAGCUGGCGCGCGCGCCGUUGCGGCAAGGACUGGUUGCCAUAAAGGAUGCCCACGAUAUAGAAACCAGGCUUAAUGAGGUGGAGAAGCUGUUAAAGAUCAUCAUAAGCAUGCCGUGUAAAUAUUCCAGGUCAGAAGUUGUGCUCACCUUCUUUGAAAGAUCUCCACUGGAUCAGGUGUUAAAAAACGACAAUGUACAUAAAAUUCAACCCAGCUUUCAGAGUCCGGUGAAAAUAUCAGGUUUCCUAAUGCCUCCUGAUGCCGCUGACGUGGCCCUCGGGAAGGUGGUGCUGGGGGGCAGUGCGGACCGUGGCUUUGGAGGCGCUUCUGCACACUCACGGCUGGGGAGCGCACCGCCGCUUCUUUCCGGGGUGGAGACCGUGUGUUCAGCAGCCCCACUAGAUGGCGCCAGGCGCCAGCAGCGUGAGAACUGGACUUCCUGGGGCUGCCCGGAGGGCGUUCAGGGAAUACCCAGACCCGUUCCGUGAUUCUGUGGGCCGAUGCGACCUUAAAUGUGUAUCAUCUUUGUUAAUUUAAAUGCUUAUCAAAUCUCAGAAAACUUAAAUGUAAUUUUCUGCACAGUGGCUGUGUCUGUGUAGCUUGAAAGGAAGCAUAAACCUCCUAAACCUUGAUCUGAUCUUCCUAAUCAGCCACCAAAGUCUGUACAGAUUUGGGGGGCCUGGAAAUGACCUAUAAUUUCAUUUUUCAUUAGCUAUUUGUAUACUCUUCAUCCUUAAUUUUCACCAUGCAAGGAUACUGCAGUUAGCCAGUUAAUAAAAAGGUGGGACUGUGGGUUUUGUUCCGUUUGGGAAUGCAUUGAAAUAUAAUGGAAGGGAGGAUUUGAAAGGGAAGAAUGCUACACUUUGAGGGCUUCCAGGGUGAGAUGGAACAUCUGUUGAAGAAAAGGAAUAUGUGGAUUAAUGCACUGAAGGAAUGCUGGCAUAUGGAGCAUAUGAACACACGCAGCAGUUAAAAUUAGAAAUACCACCACACGGCAGACACCACAGUAAUUGUUGCAGAAAAGAUGCAUUGCUGGAUGCUAAGAUUCGUGGGCAAAAGUUUGAGGAGAAACAGGGCUUGCAGUGUCACUGCAUUUCCCCCAAGAUACUUCCUAACUACAAAGAGAAGAGUUUGGAGAAACCUGGCAGAAACCUCCUUACCAGCAUGAUCCAGACCAACGUCCCUGGAAUAAGGCUUGCUGACCGCACACGGCUGAUACUGUGCCCCAGGAGCAGGCAGCGCCCCUGUGGGACUCCUGCCCAGCGUGCCCUCAGCUGAACCACUUGGAAACAUCAAACUGAGGAGCAGUCCAUGAAAUAACUCAGCUGUCCUCUUCAAGUGUCACCGUCACAAGAGACGAGGAAGACCAAGGAAGCCCCAGAGGUGCAGGAGACUAAGACACACCGACUUUGUGCCAUGAGGACUCCUGCAUUGCAUCCGGGACAGAAGAAAGGGGUGUUAGCAGAGAAGCCGAUGGAGCCCAGGUGAGGGAGGUGCUGGGGUAGUGGUACUGUGUCCAUGUUAGUCCCCUAGAUUUGAUCAUUAUACCAUAGUUAUGUCAAAUGUUAAUGUUAGGAGAAGCUGGCCAGGGAUGUGUGAGAACUGUAUUCUGUUUUUGAAACUUUUCUGUAAUUCUAAAGUUAGUUCGCAAAAAGAAUAAAAGAAAAUAGAAAUGGUAAAGUACGACUGUUCAUGUGAAAAAAAUAUGGAUGCAGAAAAGUUGCUUGAAAAUAAACUAUUUCAUGGAA